CAGCGCGCCCGGGCGGGGGGAGGCGCUGGCGGCGGCGGGUAUGGGGGCUCCCGCCUGGCGCUGGGCGCUACGCGCCGCCCGCCUUCCCGUCGGCGGCGGGAGGGCUCCCACGGCGCCGCGGCGCGACCCGGGCUACGGGCUCGCCGCCUCGUUUGCCGACUCCGCGUCCUCAGGCUCCAGGGAUGAGGCUCUGAGGGACAAACGCGCCCGGAUCCUGUCACGCGGGCUGCCGAAACAGAAGCCCAUAGAAGGAGUUAAGCAGGUGGUGGUCUGUGCUUCUGGAAAAGGAGGAGUUGGAAAAUCAACAACAGCAGUAAAUAUAGCCCUUGCCCUAGCAGCAAAUGAUUCGACAAAAGAAGUUGGUUUACUUGAUGCAGAUGUUUAUGGACCUUCAAUUCCAAAGAUGAUGAACUUAAAAGGAAACCCAGAAUUAACACCAAAAAAUCUAAUGAGGCCCCUUAAGAACUAUGGAAUCGCAUGUAUGUCUAUGGGUUUCUUGGUAGAAGAGACUGCCCCGGUUGUGUGGAGAGGGCUCAUGGUCAUGUCAGCUGUUGAGAAAUUGUUGAGACAGGUUGACUGGGGUCAACUGGACUAUUUAGUAAUUGACAUGCCACCUGGGACUGGAGAUGUACAGCUGUCGGUCUCACAGAAUAUUCCAAUUGCAGGAGCUGUCAUCAUCUCCACUCCACAAGACGUGGCUUUAUUGGAUGCACGCAAAGGAGCUGAUAUGUUUAGAAAAGUCCAAGUACCUGUUUUAGGACUGGUUCAAAAUAUGAGUGUUUUCCAGUGUCCCAAAUGUAAGCAUGAGACACACAUUUUUGGAGCUGAUGGUGUAAGAGAUCUAGCAAAAACCCUUGGAUUGGAUAUUUUAGGAGACGUUCCACUGCAUGUUAAUAUACGGGAGACAUGCGAUUUAGGACAGCCUGUUGUGAUCUCACAGCCUCAAAGCGAUGCCGAACUACAGUCACCAUAAGAUACCAAUUGGACAUAAUUUUGGAUAGUCACAUUGGAACUCUAUUAACCAGGUGCUAAUCAUAUCUUGAGAAUAUGAACAAACAAGCAACAUGAAGCUCUGAGUUUUUUGUACAUGAAUGUCUUUAGCCUUAUCUUCAUUGGUGUGGGAACAAUAACAAGCUGUGGCAGAUAAAAGGUGAAGGACAUUCAAGAAGCGCAUACGUUAAUUGUCACCGUUAAAUCAUGAAAACCUGUCUGCUGAACCCAGAUUCCUGAUGCAGCAUGUGCACGCGCUGAUGCCGGAGGAGCCAGCAGAGUUCAGUGCCACGGGAGUUCUCACCUCCUAGGGGAACUCCAAACUCUUUCUGUCAUUUGCUAUUGAGAGAGGUCGCACCGAUGCCAGCAUGGAACCUUUGGCCUGGAUGUUCGCAUGUCCCGAGUGCAGGAAGUGACUCACCAAAGUGUUUAUUCAUCACAUUGUGAUCUGCUCUCCCCGGGAAAACAGGGAUCUGUUUACUCUGUAAGGUAUCGGUGCUUCUUAUCAGACUGUGCUAUAUCCCUGCUGGGGCUGGCACCAGUCACUGUUUGGUAGUAGCUGGUGUUCUGGUUGUAAAAGGGCAGUUGCUGUGUGUAAUACUUAGGAACCAUGCUCUUAAAUUGCAUCUGGCUGCACCUGGCAGUUGCUCGGGGCUGCGAUCAUUGCCUUGAUUUACUGUCCAUUUGGGUAAUGCUGUGUUGUUUGUAGGCAAUGUGUGGCCCUGUAAUUCUAAAGCGUUAUCAUUCACAAGGUACAAUCCUGCACUGAGAAUGACCCUCUAGCAAUGGUACCUCACCCUUGUAGCUCCACCACUUUGGGAAAUGCUCUGUGUGGGCCCUGGAGAUGGUGGCAGAGCCGUCUGCUCUCCUCUUGGCCAUGAAGAACUUAUGUGGGCCUGUUGGGACACAGAGGUCAUUGAGGGUCAAUGAGAUGAUGUGAGGAAAUAGCCUUCCAUGCUAUGUUUGAACAUGAAACUAGUAAGGAGGGAAACUUGGAGGAAAGCUGGAGCCUCUCUGCUGUUUGUGGUGGGUGACCCUGGCUGGACACCAGGUGCCCACCAAAGCCGCUCUGUUGCUCCCCUCCUCAGCUGGGCAGGGGGGAGAAAAUAUAAUGAAAUAACUUGUGGGUUGAGAUAACGAGAGGGAGAACACAGGCAAAACAGACUCAAGCUGGGGAAAUUAAUUUAAUUUAUUACUCAAUCACAAUCAGAGUAGAGUAACAAGAAAUAAACCCAAAUAUUAAAACACCUUCCCCCCACCCCUCCCUUCUUCCUGAGCUCAACUUCUCUCCCAGUUUCUCUCCCUCCUCCCCUCCAGCAGUGCAGGGAUGUGGGGAAGGGGAGCUGUGGUCAGUUCAUCAGACACUGUCUCUGCUGCUCCUUCCCCCUCAGGGGGGCUCCUCACACUCUGCCCUGCCCCAGCGUGGGGUCCCUCGCACAGGAGACAGUUCUCCAUGAACUUCUCCAGCAUGGGUCCUUCCCACGGCUGCAGCUCCUCACACCCUGCCCCAGCGUGGGUCCCCCCGCGGGGCGCAGCCCCUCAGGCCCAGGCUGCUCCCCGGGGGUCCCCGCGGGGUCCCCAGCCCUGCCCGCAGCCCAGCCCCAGCCCGGGCUCCUCUCCCCUCUUCAUUUUUUUUUGCAUCGUCUUCGGUUGCCUGUUGAUUUGCUAGCCACUGAUGACUUUAGUAAUACUACUACUGCAUCGCUUUGUAAAAUAGAUAAUUAUUUUCGCCCUGUAUAUGUUACGAAAAUACUUCAUUGUGCUUUCAUGCAUUGCAGUGCCUGUCUCGAUUAUGAUGGGGGCUUAACUGAAAAAACAGGAGAAGGAGUACAAGCGAUUGGUUUCUGUUUAAGUAAUUGUAUGUUUUCAAAAAAACCUUUACUAUUCUAAUAUGUGCUUGUCAAGCAAUACCUAGAGAGCAUGUGAAGACGUUUUUAACUAUGGCUUUUAUUGUUCUUCAGGUUCUUUUGAUAGUGUGUUAUUCGUGAUCUUAAAAAGAACUUUUUUUCAGACUGUAGCAGUGUUUAAUACGUUCAACUGAGAAACAAAGCUCAGAAAACUGUUUUUGGUACUACGGUUUUAUAGUUUCCGAUGGGACAUAUGAAAUGCAUAUUUUCUAUAACCUCUGCUAUCUAUCUUAGUGCUACUAAGACGUAAAAUAAUAGAGCCUGGCAUCCAUGAUAAAGAAGUGGUUGACAUAAAAUGCAAAGAUAAUGAUUUGUGGGUUAUGUUUUAGCGUAGAGAAGGUAAAAAGUUGCCUGCACCUCAAACCCAAGCUCUGAGGGCAGUGGUGUCUCUGCACGUAUUAUGACUUCUAAUCCUUAGUUGCGAAAAAGAAUGCAUUUCGCUGUUGUGAUGUGUUAUGGAGAACCGGAUCGCUGUCUGUCUGUAGGAGGCUGGUUAACAGCUUGACAAGCCUGGCAGCAGUGAAGUUUCCUAGCAAUGAGCACCUUACUCUUCAAGAGGAUUGUUGCAUUUUGAUUAAGAUAAAUUUAUUGGCAUUACUGUACACAAACAAUUUGAUUCAACCCUUGAAACUGCUGAAUGCUGACCUCCAGGGGUUUUGUCCCACAAGACAUUAGAGACUGUCAUUUUGGCAGGUGGUCCCAAAGUCAUGGACUGACCUGCAACCUGAGGCGCGCAGCUGUGCUUACGCAUGAGGGAGGCAUGCAUUGCAGAAGUUGCACUGAUUCAUUGUCUCUCCCAGGAAACCUCUGCCUGGCUGACUUCAAGCCUUGCUUCCCCUAAGGGAGUUUUGAGUAUUCGUGCUCUUUUAACAAGCUACAUUGGAUGAUACUUCUAUGAAGCAGUGAUUCCACAAGAGCAGAAAUACUGUCAAAGCUAAUUCAUCCUGAAGCUUGUAUUAACUGCUCAUUACCAGUAUUUGUCAUUAUGUUUUCUUCAGCUGUUGUUUUGGUGUAAGCGAUGUCAAGUGAUCUGACAACAGCAGAAAAUCACACUGCUUUCAGAGGGCUUGACACAGUUUAAGUGUGUUCCUCGCAGUUAGCAGUCAUCUGCAGACUAGCAUCUCUUCCUGGGGGACACCUGUUCUGCAAACCGAUCCAGGUUUCAGCCUAACGGUGCUAUUUGCUGUGGUACCGACGCUGGUGCUUCGUUGCACAGUGCUGAUGACUUGCCCAGCUUCAUGCCAGGCAGGUGUGGAGUAGUGCUGCUCUGCUCCGGGCCCCCCGCAGCACGCCACCUCCUUGCCCUCUGGUGCGGUGAUUCUGAGCCCUGCUACAGGGACACUCGCAUGGGCUGCAAAACAUGGUGUAAGUGUUGGUGUUUGUAACGUACACCCUGGACCAACCCCCUUCUUUGCGUUACAGGGGCUCAAAACACUAACUCCCUCUGUAAAAGCUAAAAUCCCCGCCCCUAAUUCACUGUGAGGGCUAUAAAACAGAGGUUUUUCCUAAUGUUUCUUGAUACAGGAAACCUUCCCAGAGAAGUGACCCCCUGGCAGACAGGGUAGGCUGUGGGAAUGGGCUACCAGCGCUGUGGCUCGGUGACAAGCUGAGCAAGGCUCAUCUUCUAGAGCCCAUGAUAAGGGCACAGCCCAUCCCUGCUGCUUCCUAAUGGAUUUCACCCUUUAAUUCUCUGUAGGUUGUAAAUCAAAGCCAGGCAUUACAGAUCCCUUUUAUACUCUGCCCAGCACUGUCUGCCUGUUCCUUGGGAUUGGUGAGAGAUGUGUGUCAGGUGUGACCUGCUCAGGUGCCACACACACCCAAGGAGAAGGCAGUGAUGGUUUUCAACAAUGGAUGAAACUCUUCAUGGGGAGGUGAGUACUGGGAUUAUGUGGAAAUACAGAAAUAAACAUGAGCCUGUGUGUGUCUGCAAGCUGACUGCAGGUUUUGUUUAAAGAAAAAUGUCCCGUAGAAGUGUGGUUUUCACUAGGAGGUGAAGAAGAGGGAGAGCAGAGUAGAGUUGUGGUUGUAUGGGGAAGCUUUCACACGUGCCACUAGUGCAAUCAUUCUCUAGUUUAGAAAUUUGCCCUAGGUCCUCUCUUCCAAAGAGAAACUUCAUGUUGUUUUCUCAAAUGACUGUGAGAAUCACCCUUCCUGCUGUAACUUCCCAAAACAAGGGCAUGUUUCCUUUCACAACUUUAACCUUGCUGUUCCAUUCAGGGAUGAAAUAACAGCCUGUACUAACCUAAGAGAAAGUAAGUGGCUUGGAGGGCGGUUUUCUACCCCUAAGGUUCAUUCUGUGUUGCAAGCAGCGUACAAAUGACUUUUUUUUGGGGGGGGGCUGUUGUGUCACAGAGAGUCACUCUUUUAAUGUCGGAGUAAAAUCACGGCGCUAAACUCUUCAGCAGCUCUGCAUAAACAAUUUUGUGGUAGGAUGACUACCACUGCCUAGUUCUUGUGCUCCAUUGACAAGGUUUUUACGAAGGCUGAAACAACACAUAGCUGUUUAUCUCAUGAUUACCCAAUUAUCUUUGAUAGGUAUAGGAUUGAAAAAUCAGAUUGUAUUUGUUAGAAAUGCGCUGAACUAACUGACCACACAAGACAUGUAAACCGCAUUUGCAGAGAAGGUGCAAGAAAUUUGAAUGCUUAUUUACAUUAAAACCCCCUCUCUUUCAAAAGUCAGUGACUUUCUUUUCAUUGACUUUUCUUUUGCCUUUCAUUAUUAAAAAAAACCAAAACAACAACAACAACCAACCAAACCCAAACCUCCCUGGUUCUUACCUUUUUCUGCUUUCUUUGAAUCACUUGGUUUUUCAACAGAGAACACUGAGUGAGGUCUUAGGUGUAAGUUCUAAGUAGCAUGGAGCUGGCAGCAACAUUUGGGGGAAGACUUUCAGAGUGCACCAACCCAUGCAGUGUAGUCAUUUGAGGCAGAUUCUGUUAGUUUAGUUCUUUACAAGAAUAUACACUUUUUUUUUGGCUUUAUCUUCAUGACAGAUACCAAGAAACUUAUAUUUCUUGAUAAUUUCACACUUAAUGCCCACCUAUACAGUACGUUAAAAGAAGCUUUUUUCAAAACGUUUAUUUAUUCUUCUAAAAUACAUAUACUUUUUUCUUUACAUUUUCAAAACAGAAUUGGUAAUAUUAAAGCUUUGAUUUUCAAACUGGAAUGAAUUGCAACUUCCUUUGUAAAGUUUUUUAUUCCAAAUUGAAUAUAUGGUGUACCAGGCCCUUGUUAAAAUUAUUUCUGCAGAUCCUACUAUGUGCGUGAAUUUGCAAUGCUAUGACAGAAAUAAAUAGGUGUGCAAUUGCUUCAGAUAUUUUUCCAAGUAUAUAAUGAUAGGAUAUAUACCACAUAUAAUUGCUUCUAAAGCCAACUGAUAGAUUGUGACUAUACUUUUCUAAUGUUCUCUUCUAAAAGCUUGCGAUUUGUAUUUCAGGAUAUGCUGCAAUUUAGGUUUAAAACAUUAUUUUGACCCAGCUUAUACUAAUACUGAGAUUUCAAAAAAGAAAAGGGAGCAAUCCUCCUCCCCCUCGUUAAAGCCCGGUUGGUGUGGCUAGGUGAAAUACCACGACAUGUAGCAAAUAAGAGAUCUGCCUUGCAGCCUCUGUUCUUUUUGUCCAGUUUUGAGAUGGCUUGAUCAGAUGCCCCUGGAGUCUUCUCCCGAGAUGUACAAAACAAACAGAUUUGUCACAAGUGUUAACAGCAGAGGCAAGGAAACUCCUGCCUUGGUAGAUGUGUCAUCUGAGGAAUCCACUCUGUUACAUUGCUAAAAUGAAAUGCCAGGAGACGGCACAGAUCACAGCUUGGAUUAGGUAGCUGUCACCAGGAGGAAGACAAUUGGGCUUUAGCCCCAUUUUGUAAUGUUCAAAAAGUACACAAAAGGAAUGGAAUUAUCUUAGUCUCUGAUACAACUACCUUAAAUAGAGUUUAUACAAAGAUACCAUUUUCAUUUGCAUCCUGAAUACUUGAUUCCUGCAUCCCUAGAAAGUGUAUUUCUACAGAAAAUACCCACGUACUCCGAUUUGGCAUACAAAAGAAUCCCUGCUCCAGGGAACAGACAGGUCUGAACUAACCGAAUGCCUGCGAAGAGAUUUAAGCCUGUCUCUAGGAAGGGAUGCAAACCGCGCUACCAAAACUAUUUGGAAGCUUUUUCAGUCCCGAUUCCUCUGUGCCUGUCAUUUCAGCAUACGUACAACAACGAGGCAUUUGUGUAGCUGCCUUUUAUAUAAGGACACAUUACUUGGUACGCUUACUAAUGUAUUGUGCCUAAUAAUACUCCACCUAAACCCUGUAUGCUUUUGCAUUUACUUUGCGUGUAGACCUGACUGUAAGCAUCCGUGCUAAAUGCCAGCACCUGGGCAUUGCUGGUGUCACUGAUUGUGCCCGCAUGCGGUGGAAGUUCCUGCUGUCCCUCACGCUCCUCUUUGGUAACCCUGAGUUUGUUUUGAGGAACAAAAUGUACUUCCAGAAGAGCUGUAAGAUAAAAGAUACAUUCUUCAGCUGUUACGCUAAAAUAACCAAAUGAAGGCCUAAUCUCAACACUUGUGAAGAAUUCAGUUUUCCUGUUCCUGUAGGCAGGGGCACCGUUCUUUUCUCCUCACCACCAUUACGAUGGUGACCUCCUGUUGGGUUGAAUGCUCAGUUACUCCUUCUGAUAUACCAGAGGUAUUCAAGGAAGAAAAAAGUUUGUGAUUUAAUACUGCUUUCACAGAACAGUUAAAAUACUUUUUCUGUUAAAAUGGAAUUAUUUGCAUUGAUAGAGAUGGCUCAUGUAAGGAUGGAAGUGUGUUUUUAUAGAAUAGGGGGCUGCCAAGCAAUUAUUUUGGAAGAUGGUGAGUGGAAAUCACUUGGAAAGAGGAAAGGUCAUCUUGAGCGUGUAUGAACAAAUACUGCCAUUUAUUCCUUGAAGAGCAAUAGGUAACUUAUCCAUCACUUCUAUUUCAAAGUUGCUUGGCAUGGCCUCAUUCUAGUAUUUUCCCCAUGCAAACAAACAUCUAAAAAUGCUUCUGUUUAUGCUCAUUAGCAUAAACACCUUCAACACCACAUUGAAAGUGACUUCUACAUCUGGUUGCCUCAUAAUCUAUUAAUAAGCACAUGCUGUUCAAUAAAUUAUUAUUUUUUGUUAAAAGCAUUAAGAA